CGGGUCAUCCGACCACUGGUUUAUCUGCCCUGGCACACACUCUCUCUCGCUGGGGAAGUGUCACUCGACCGCCACCCAUCCCACCGCACCCCUCCACCACCACCACCUACACCACCUCCUCCUCCUCCUCCUUUCUGCUGACUCCCUGCUCACUCUCUCCUCCCCUUCGUCUGCUCGCCUCACCCCUCUCUCCUCUCUCUCUCUCCCUCUCUCUCUCUGGAUGCCAGCAGCUUCUCGUCAUGGAGCAGACGACAGUCACACACCAACCCGGACUGUCACUCACCACACACUCACCGUCAGCCUUUGGAGGGGAGGACGCGGGGGGGGGCCUCGCCACAGGAAGUGAAGCCCACCGCAGGUCAAUGGACGCCCCUGCAGCGACAGACCCGAUACUCACCCAGCCCGGCCUCGGCGUCACCACGACAACCAUCACCACCAUCACGCAGACGGGGGGGGACUGGAGCUCGGGCUUGUUCGACAUCUGUGGAGACAAGACCUCAUGUGUUCUCGGGGCCCUGGUGCCAUGUUGUCUAGACCUGAGUUUGGCUCACCAGUACGGCGAGUGUCUGUGUACGCCUCUCUUACCGGGAUCCACGUUUGCCAUGCGAGUCGGGAUCAGAGAGCGGUACAAGAUAAGGGUGAGUGUGUGUGUUUGUGUGUGUAUAUGUGUGUGCAUGCAAAUAAUACAUUUGUCAAUGGGGAGUAAAGAACGAUCCCCAAAGACACCAACAGAGAUAUCUCACAAUGUGGUUCCAGCUCAUAAAACCAUCACAAUACAUCUUUUUAAAUGAAGAGUAAAGGUGAGAGAAAAAGGGGAAAAACCUUAAGCUACAAGUAAAAGAAGGCGAUUGUGUUUGUGUUAUCAAACGCACUCACAUGUUGUGCUCAAGUUGUAUGAGUGAAUUCUUCUGAUUAUGUUUUUAUGUCUCAUUUCUCACGACCCAUUGACCUCACGGCUCUAGACGUGUCCCCUGCUGCGUUGUGUCGUCUGCUUCCUCUCUGCGUGUGUCUUUGUGUGCGUCUCCGUGCAUGUGUGUGUCCACAGGGGAGCAUGUGUGAGGACUGGACCACGGUGUACUGCUGUUACCCUCUGGCUGUGUGUCAGAUGAUAAGAGAGAUGAAGCGGAGGAUGAAGACUCAGACGUAUCAUGUGUCCACUGCCCUUGAGUGCUCCUGAGGAAACUGGAGACAGUAAAUGAGGCCUUUCCUUCUUACGAUGCAGCGGAGAGCGCCGAGGACCUGCUGAGAUUACUGGUACCAACAGGAAAAAGAAUCGAUACCAUGAGGUUCGAACGUACUCUCCAGUCCCCUGUGAGGACGCCUUGGACAAUAAAUCAAGCCUGGGACGUUCAGAGAGGGCCGGUGAGGGUGAACCUGAUUAACAUUCAGAAUUUAAACCUUCUUUUACACUGCUUGUGUUUUACGAGAGGACACCACAAAUAUAGUUUACUUUUCUUACAGAAGCAAUGAUUUAAAGUAGUAGUCAAAGUAAAUUCUAAGAUCAGUGAAAAGCAGGUGGUGUUGUGAGCAAAUAGCACUUCUGAUGUAACUCCCAGUCAAAUACCAGCUGAUAAAAAUUUUAUUUCCAA